GUUAUUUGUGUGUGUCUGUGUUGCGAGAUAGAAUUUAAGCAUUUUCAAACAGUAACAUUAACAGAACGUAGCUAGUGAAGUGUAGAGGCUUGCCGAGAGAGAAAAGAAAACGUUCAGGAUCAUUAAAGUAGAACCUUCGCAAACGGUGCAAUGUCUGACGAUCUUUCCUGUACCUACCUCAUCGUCGGUGGCGGAAUCGCAGGAAUCACCUGUGCUGAAACGUUAGCCGUGCUUCGACCGGAUGCCAACGAUCGUAUCCUGCUCGUAACAGAAUCGUCCCUUGUGAAAGCGGUCACCAAUGUGGUGCCACUAGGCAAACUGCUGACCCGGUUCGAUGUCGAAGAGCGAACUGCCAGUGAAUGGGCCAGCACUAAUGUCAGUGUGCUGCAAGAUCGGCUCAAAUCGAUCGCUUCGGCUGACCGGUACGUUCAAACCGCUGGCGGAAAGCGCAUCAAGUAUCGCUACCUAUGCCUCUGUACCGGUGCACGGCCGAAUAUCAUCGAUAAAGCCCACGGUAGUCGGCAUGUGAUCGGUAUCCGUGAUACGGAGUCAGUGGAGGAGCUGCAGAAACGGAUUAGCACCGCAAACCGGCUAGUGGUCGUCGGGAAUGGUGGUAUCGCUUCGGAGCUAGUGUACGAGAUGGGCGGAAUGGAGGAGAUCCACUGGGUGAUCAAGGAUGCGUACAUUAGCUCAACGUUCGUUGAUUCCGGUGCGGCCACAUUCUUCCAGGAACGGCUGAGCGCCCAGAAUACUGGUGCCGGCGAUGGGAAGCAAAUCUACCGGCGAAUGCGUUACACGGAACAGGCCAACGACCCAGCGUCAAGUGAGCAAGGAAAACGUGGUGGUGCAGCUCUUGGUCCGGAUUGGCAUCGAGCUUUCGAUAUAGGAAAGGCGACGCAGAACCAAAAGAAUGUAAAAAUUCAUCCCUCCGUCGAAGUAGCGUCGGUCGUGGAGCGAAGCGAGGAUCAUAAGUUUCGACUGGAUGUACAUCUGACCAAUGGUACCGAGAUUGAGUGUGAUUUUGUUGUAUCCGCUACUGGCGUUGUACCGUCUGCUGGAUGGCCUUGUGAUCGCCCCUUUAAACUCGGUCCCGAUGGAGGGCUGUUCGUCGAUUGGCACAUGGAGACCACGGUGGAGGAUGUGUAUGCGGCGGGAGAUGUUUGUUAUGCCGGCUGGGAGCAUGCACCGCACUGGUUCCAGAUGCGGCUUUGGACGCAAGCGCGCCAGAUGGGUGCAAUGGCCGCUCGAAGUAUGGCAGCGAAGCGCGCCGGCGAACAGAUUUAUCAGGACUUUUGCUUCGAAAUGUUUAACCACGUGACGACGCUUUUCGGGUAUCAGGUGGUGCUGCUCGGGCGCUACAAUGGUCAGGGAUUGAACGACAAGUACGAGGUUCUGUUACGCAUGACGCCGGGGCUUGAGUACAUUAAGUUUGUGCUUGUAGAUGGGAAGCUCCAGGGGGCACUGCUGGUGGGUGAAACCGGGCUAGAGGAAACGUGCGAGAACCUGAUUCUGAAUCAGUUGGACGUUUCACCGUAUGGAGAUGAUUUGCUUGAUCCCAACAUCGACAUAGAGGAUUAUUUUGAUUGAAGAGCCUACCUAUAUUCAUUGUGAAAAGAAAUAAAUAUGGAAUCA